AUGGAGAAAUAUUUUACAAUCUGGGUUAAAAACUCUGUUAACAUUCACAAAAUAGCGCAGAAUGACAGAGAGAAGAUUCGUCAAGUUCUCCCCCAAAGACGGUAUGUGUCCAAACUGCUUGGCCACAGAACUAAAAGUUAAUUAUUCUCAGUCAACAGUGCAUUGUUUGAAUAUCAAUAGUGCCUAAUAGUUAGGGAAGUUUUUCAAAUCAUAAAAAUUUAAAUAUAUAAAUAUAUUUUAAUGUGUUUUUGAGAUAGACAACACAGUGUACAGACUAUAUAUUGAGUUCAUGGUUCUUUCUUUGCUACUGUCCUUUAUAACAGUCAUUGCAGUGAUCCGAAUAACAUUUGGAAUUUGAGAUAGGCUGUAGACACGUUUUUGGUUUAGUCCUUAAUAAAAACCUACCAUCUCCUUGAUUCUCUGUGUUCUUCUAGAACCUCAUGGCUCACAUAUUCAAAUGGAGAGGACAUCGGGCAGCAUUUGGCACAGAAGAUGAAUUUCUUGUGGAAGUGCAGAAAGGUAUUCAUCAUAUGGAAGAGGCGACUGUUCCAAAAGAGAGAAAUCGCUUUAAGAUUUAAGCGUAAAGACGAUGCAUUAGUGCAAACAAUUUUACAGCACUGCCACGGACAAUAUCAGCGUAAGUACUUAUUCAUCUUUAGUUUGAAAAACUGUUCUCGACUCAGACAGCAUGUAACGAAUCACCUGGCACCCCGACUGGGUACCUCUGUUGAAGGAUGCUCCUAGCGAUUCCUGAGGACUCCAAGCACUGCAGCAGACACCACAACCACCGAACCGGAGAAGAAUUUUAAUGCUCUCAAGCAUAUGAAUGCUGUAAGCAGCUGAACAGGAAAAGUAUACAAUCAGCUUACACUCCUGGCAAUCAGCAUACAAUCCAAUUCCCCCAAUAACGAGACGACACUUCGUUUUAAGGGGUCAAGCAGAACUGACUGUACUGGCACAUACAGCCUCUUUUAUUCACAAUCCACAAACAUAGUACUGCCCACAGGGUUUUGAAAUACAACCAAUCAAUCCAUACAAUACACACAGACACUCCCACACAAAAUCCUCCCCUCUGCCUAUGAUAUGAUUAUUGAACACAAUGGUUAAUAUAAUUAUCACAGGCAGAGAAAUACAGUAUUAUAAAACAUAUCACAGGGACCCCAAAACAUGCAAUAACCCCAUAAAAGUAUAUCCUCUGAACCGGGGGAUCUGGGUGAACCACAUAUCCAAAAUUCACCCAGAUCCGUCCAGUAGUUUGGAAGAUACAGUUUAAUACAGAUUCUGCAGAACAUAUACAGGUUAUUUGAAAAAUAAUUACUGUAUAAUGUGUCCCCUGUUGUAUAGUUUAAAACUACUGCAUGAUGUCUUUGUGUACCAAAUACCCGCGAGAUGGCACCAUGUAGAAAAGUCCAAACAGUGUCUGUGAGUUAAAAUGGCCGCCAUCCAUUGUUCUCUGAUACAUGAAAUGGUGGCCACCCAGUAACUCCACAGUUUGUCUGGUAGUCUAUCCAGCCGGACCAACAGAUGAAACACAUGGGGAACAGUGCAACAAACGAAGGGAAUCAUAAAAAAUAUGGACAAUAGUCAUAUUUGUGCACAAUCUCCAGUUUAGUCACAGGGCACAAAUAGUGUUUUCAAAUGCCAUAUAUCCCAGGGCCAUAGUCAGAAGGUAGGAGGUGGGCAAGCAGCCCCCUCCAAGAACACGUGGCGAGGUCUGUUCCGCCACACAGCACUUUUUUUACACAGUUUUUGUUAUUUUUAAAUGUGUCCACUAGUUUUUGAUAAAUGUCUUUGAGAAAACGGGGCAAUUCAUACAUUUAGUUCAAAUAAACAUGUACUUUUUCUAGUACCGUGGGAUGCUAGUAGCUACUUCGAUCUGUGGCAGGUAUUCCAGUUGCUGUUUCCCUAAUGGCAUAAAGUGCAUUGAUCAUUAAGGGUUUCAAACUAUUUAUGUAAUUUAAAGAUGGUGGCCCCCGCAAGAAGGAAGUCUCAGAUCUUUAAGCUGAUAUCUGGCCACUGUAAAAAACAGGCGCUGGCUUUGUUAGAUUUCUGGUCACUGUCCAAAAGUGGUGAUUGUAUGUCCAGGUUCCCCACAAAGCAUUCACCAUAUCUCUGGGGUACCAGGUCAAACAUCUGCAUAUCUCCCAACAUUGGAAGAAGUGAGACUGGGACUGAGACCAUUGAUGUAACUCACGUCACUGAGGACCCCCAUAAUUGGUGGCCGUACUGAAGCUCUCUCUGCGUGGUUCUAGUGCGUGUUCACUGUGCCAGUGCUUACACUUUGUUGCCGGUGGACAGUUCUGCAGGACACCAGAGACAGAAAAUCGUGACUGUGUCGCCAAAAUCAGGACUGUUGGGAAGCCUGUAUCUGGACUUAAAAAAACAGAAAAAUACGAAGUCUCUUUCCAUGACUUGUGAUGGGAUUAGGAAAAGUGCGCAGACCCAGAUGACCUCAAUGAGCUUCAUGAUUCAUUUAUAUGUCCUCAUCAAGGCUAUGCCAUAACACGCAUGUCUGGUAGCAGGACAUCUUUAGUUGAAGUGUUGUGGGAGUUUGAAUGGAGGGCUUAAUGUUAUGUGUUUAUAACUAACAAUUUAACAAAGAGUACAUUGCACCUUCCUCGCCCCACUCAUGUUGAAGCAAUCCAUGUUGUGGAUAAUAAAUAUUAUAGCAAUAUGAAUAACAAAAAAAAACAAAAACAGUUUGUUACCUUUUUUGCCACGGUGUGCUGGUCUCUUGAUGAUCUCAGCCAAUCCAAGUCUUCCCCAUAGGGAAACAUUGUGAGGUUUAAACACAUGCACGGAAAAUGACUGAGCUGCACCAAACAGCAUCUCCUCAAAGAGAUUAAUUGGAGCGUGGAGAUCCUGAAUGUCAGUCUGAUAAUCCUUGUAGGACCAAAUCUAGGAACCGCCUCUAGUAGGUGUCUGAGUGACAGCCAGUAGAGGUGGUCCUAGGCAGCAAUGUAAACACUGUUUUUACUCAUAAAAGGAAGUGUUUACAAUGCUUGGCCUGCAGGGACAGAAUAACCUAGUGGUUCUGGUUCCUACAGUGUCCCUUUUAAUUUCUGUAAGUGAGCCCUGUACAUUCUAACUCUGAAGUUUGCUUUGAAUGCUGUUGUAUUUAAUCCAUUUUGUGAAGUCAGCAUUCCCAGCUUUAACAUAUUUUAAAUCCCUUAUUAGAGAGAAGAUUUUCCACCUACCUCUCUCUUUGGUCUCUGCAUCAUGCAGAGCAGUUGAAAAGGUCCAUGAUGAGAAGGUGGCACUUUGAGACAAUGAAGAGGAAGCAGGCCUUUCUAUACUGGCAGCGAGGCACCAUGCUCAGGUACCCUCAGAAUCCAGACAUCUCAAUAUGUUUCCAUCCACACCAUCCCAGCUUCCUCAGUCAACAUGUAUCUCCAGGUGAUACAUUUAAAGACAGUGCUGGAAAAUAAUGGUGGCCACACAAAAUAUUGACACUUUGGGCCCAAUUUGGACAUUUCCUACUUAGGGGUGCACUCACUUUUGUUGCCAACGGUUUAGACAUUAAUGGCUGUGUGUUGAGUUAUUUUGAGGGGACAGCAAAUUUACCCUGUUAUACUGGCUGUGCACUUACUAAUUUACAUUGUAGCAGAGUGUCAUUUCUUCAGUGUUGUCACAUGAAAAGAUAUAAUAAAAUAUUUACAAAAAUGUGAGGGGUGUACUCACGUUUGUGAGAUGCUGUAUAUGCAGUAAAAAUAUACCUACAGUAUAAGUACUGCAUACGCACCAGGAGGAGCCCAAACCAGUGCUGGGAUACAGCACAGAGGAUGGCAUUAGAUUUCUCUCCCGUUUACCGUCACAAUGGUUUUCAGGGAUUUACUUUCUAAAUGACGUUAUUAGUGAAUCAAUGCAUACUGGGACGGGCAGGUCCUACACUAAUCCGUAUUAUAUUGAUUCCUAUUAUUUCCUUUUAUCGUGCUCCUCGCCGUCUCUAAAUAAAUAAUAAGAAACUAGAAUAAUUUUAAUACAAUGAGUAAAAUUAUUCUAAAGGCUAUGUAUUCGCUAUCUCUUGUAGCAUUUACUGUAACUUUGAUUCUAUAUUUUAAGUUGUUUUCAGGUUUGGAAGAAGAGAAUGAUUGAAAGCUCUAUGGUAAAUCAGAGGGUCCUCGCGUUCCAAAUGACCUGGAGACUCACAAAAAUAAGGACCAUAUUUGGACUCUGGAGAGCUUAUUCACUCACACAGAGGAAAGCGGCCAUUUUUCAGAGGGCUGUAGAACACAGGACUCUUAAAGGGUUGAUGGAGCACUGGGCACAGUCAGUACAAGAAGCCAAAGCAGAACGCUAUCUCAGGAACAGAAGGAAAUUGUGGGCCCUGACCAGAUGGAAGACAGUCUUAGACCUUCAGUCACAGCUAUCAACGCGCAGGAACAUAGUGGCACAUUGCACUAUGGGAAACUUCUGGCAAAUCUGGUUAUUUCAGCACCGGCUUGUAGUAGAGUGCCAAAAAUAUCGCAACAAAGUAUUGUGUAAACGGUAAGGAAAACAAAUAUGGACAGAAGACAAAUAUAGGACGUAACUUUUUAAACUGUGAUAAUACGCAACAUAAAAUAAAUCUUUGUGUAGGCACAUAUAAUGUGUACCCUGUUCUGAUGGUGUUUAAAUCUGUCCAGCUGUUUUUUUUGUUUUUAUUUUAUAAGACAGCACCAGAUAGAUAAGCUGAUACCGUAUAAGGGGUGACACCAGAAGUGGGGUAUAUGUAGACAAACCCACUAAAAAUGGGAAAACACUGGUAGUCCAAGGAUUAAGCGGCCAGCUAUCCCCUUAGAUUUCAGUAUCCAUUGAGUAACGUUCACAGGUUUCAGAGGUACUUAGAUAAUGAGCAGACACUGGCUGUCAGAGGGUUAAUCAACACUCCAUUCCUGUAAAUAGUUUCUGGGAACCCAAACAAGAAGGGUUAGACACCCACAACGUUACCCAUAGAUUGGUUGUAGUAACCCCUGGUCCUCUCCCAGCCUAACUUAGCUCAACAUCAAAAAAUCAAAAGAUAAAGCACUCAAAUUAAGGGAGAAAAAAAAAAACCCACACACAUACAAGCUGUCCAAGGGUGGUCCUCGCCCCCCCUACCCUCUCCACCCUUAUAAUGUAUCAGCCUAUGUAUCUGGUCUGAGUGUCUACCUAGUAUCACCUAGUAACAAUCUCAGGUUGGAUAUCACCAGACGAAUUAGCUGGAAUAGAUUUAACAUACCAACUGAGACAUUUAUUUAGCUCUUAUUGGUCCUCGGGGAAACCUAAUAGGACUCUGGGGAAUUGCUCCUUCCUUGUAAUCUUAUUUCAAUUUUGUCUUAAUUUGUUACUUAUUCUAGGAAGCAGUAUACAUUCUUUGUUAUUUCGCUGUCUUAGUAAAUGGGUUACCCCCAUAUGUAAGUCUCUCCAGCAUGACCUAGCAGUUCUCCUUGUUGGUGAGCACUUUUUGUACUAUGUCAUCUUUUCAUUAACAUCUAAAAUCUGAAUUAUGGUGAAUUAAAAUCUGAAUGGUAAAAUUGGGACUAAAAUACCAAAUAUAAAAAAAAAUAAAAAAACUGCAAUCUACCUAUAGUCACAGCUUUGCUAUUUUACCUUCACAUUUGUUUUUAGUUUUUUAAUUUUAAUUUGUUACAGUUCAGAGUCUAUUUAAUAACUGUGAGAAUCUUACUUUGUCAUGCUGGUAAUUUUGGUGGUACCUUACAUUUGUCUUGUGUUUUAUAGCACAGUUUGUAAUAACACAGGCGUAUACUGUGAGCUAACCGGCCUCUGCUGAUUCCCCUGUUUGUGAAGUACAAUAAGGUUAUUAGGCAUCAUUUCUGCAUUCUAACUCUAUUUAUUUAUCAUUUUCCAACAUUGCAGGGUGUUCAAUAAAUGGGCAUUGUCAGCCCAAAUCCACACUACACAGAGAGAAGCGGCUACUCAAUUCAUGUCUGAUUGUUGCCAUCGCCUCCUUUUAUCAUAUUUUCACCACUGGAAAAAUAAAUUCCUAAAAAAACAGCUCUUAGUCAACGUGCUACACCAAAAGAAAAAAUCAUCUAAAGACCUGCAGCGCUGGAAGGCUGCCACUAGGGGGCACCAAGCCCUUAUUUUACACUCUACAUGUUCUGUGAAGCAGGCAGGUGACAUGGAUUGAUACAUUACUGUAUAUAGUCUCCUAAUUACUUAAUUUAUUUAUUUAUAAAAUAUUUUACCAGGAUGCAUCCUUACAUAUUGUAAACGGAGUUUCUAUUCAACAUAAGAUUAAAGGACCACUAUAGUGCCAGGAAAACAUACUCGUUUUCCUGGCACUAUAGUGCCCUGAGGGUGCUCCCACCCUCAGGGACCCCCUCCCGCCAGGCUCUAGGGGGUGGAAGGGGUUAAACUUACCUCUUUCUCCAGCGCCGGGCGGGGGAGCUCUCCUCCUCCUCUUAGGCUGAAUUCUCAAUGCUUUCCUAUGGACGCUGGCGCCUUCUCACUGUGAAAAUCACAGUGAGAAACACGGAAGCGCCUCUAGCUGCUGUCAAUGAGACAGCCGCUAGAGGCUGGAUUAACCCUAAUGUAAACAUAGCAGUUUCUCCGUCCCAACUUCCUUAAAUCCAAUCUGACGACAUUAGGGCAAAAAGGUGGGGUAUAAUGAAAAAUCGAGUUAUUUGUUUACGUUUUACUUUAUUUAUUAGUUUAAAGUGAUACAAUCCCAGAGUAACAUCGAACAAAGAGACAGAACAAUGAUUUCAGAAAUAUGCUGACAGACAAUUCGUUUUAGUAGUUUAUUUGAAAAUGUUCAAGAAUCGGUGCUUAUUCACUAAAUGUCAAAUUGUACCGAAAUAAAAGCUACUAAAAUUACACUGGACAGGGAGUUCACUGGGCAAUCUAAAAAUAUGGGGGUGUUAUAACGAUGAACGUAUAUUAUUAUAGCAUAAUAUUGGGGUGUUAUAACGAUGAACGUAUAUUAUUAUAGCAUAGUAUGGGAGUGUUAUAAAGAUGAACGUAUAUUAUUAUAGCAUAAUAUGGGAGUGUUAUAACGAUGAACGUUUAUUAUAGCAUAAUAUGGGAGUGUUAUAACGAUGAACGUAUAUUAUUAUAGCAUAAUAUGGGAGUGUUAUAACGAUGAACGUUUAUUAUUAUAGCAUAUUAUGGGAGCGUUAUAACGAUGAACGUAUAUUAUUAUAGCAUAAUAUGGGAGUGUUAUAACGAUGAACGUUUAUUAUAGCAUAAUAUGGGAGCGUUAUCACGAUGAACGUAUAUUAUUAUAGCAUAAUAUGGGAGCGUUAUAACGAUGAACGUAUAUUAUUAUAGCAUAUGAUAACAUUAUACAAAUAUAUUCGGGGCCAAUACAAACCAUCGUGUGGAAAUCUAUUCACAAACCAGACUUUACAUAGGACACGAGGCCAUGCGUUUAGACUGGAAGAAAGAAGAUUUCGUCUAAGGCAAAGGAAAGGUUUUUUUACUGUAAGAACAAUCAGGAUGUGGAAUUCUCUGCCUGAAGAAGUGGUUUUAUCAGAGUCCAUACAGAUGUUCAAACGGCUACUAGAUGCAUACUUGCAAGAACAGAAUAUUCAAGGAUAUAGUCUUUCAAUGUAGGGUAAUAACUGCUUGAUCCAAGGAUAAAUCUGACUGCCAUUCUGGGGUCAAGAAGGAAUUUUUUUCCUAGCUUGUUGCAAAAUUGUGCUUCAAACUGGGUUUUUUUGCCUUUUGGAUCAACAGCAAAAAACAAAUGUGAGGUAAGCUGAACUUGAUGGACGCAAGUCUCUUUUCAGCUAUGUAACUAUGUAACUAUGUAAUAUGGGAGCGUUAUAACGAUGAACGUAUAUUAUUAUUGCAUAGUAUGGGAAUGUUAUAACGAUGAACGUUUAUUAUUAUAGCAUAAUAUGGGAGCGUUAUAACGAUGAACGUUUAUUAUAGCAUAAUAUGGGAGUGUUAUAACGAUGAACGUAUAUUAUUAUAGCAUAAUAUGGGAGUGUUAUAACGAUGAACGUUUAUUAUUAUAGCAUAAUAUGGGAGCGUUAUAACGAUGAACGUUUAUUAUAGCAUAAUAUGGGAGUGUUAUAACGAUGAACGUAUAUUAUUAUAGCAUAAUAUGGGAGUGUUAUAACGAUGAGCGUAUAUUAUUAUAGCAUAGUAUGGGAGUGUUAUAACGAUGUACGUUUAUUAUUAUAGCAUAGUAUGAGAAUGUUAUAACGAUGAACGUUUAUUAUUAUAGCAUAAUAUGGGAGUGUUAUAACGAUGAAAGUUUAUUAUAGCAUAAUAUGGGGGUGUUAUAACGAUGAACGUAUAUUAUUAUAGCAUAAUAUGGGAGUGUUAUAACGAUGAACGUUUAUUAUUAUAGCAUAAUAUGGGAGCGUUAUAACGAUGAACGUUUAUUAUAGCAUAAUAUGGGAGUGUUAUAACGAUGAACGUAUAUUAUUAUAGCAUAAUAUGGGAGUGUUAUAACGAUGAGCGUAUAUUAUUAUAGCAUAGUAUGGGAGUGUUAUAACGAUGUACGUUUAUUAUUAUAGCAUAGUAUGGGAAUGUUAUAACGAUGAACGUUUAUUAUUAUAGCAUAAUAUGGGAGCAUUAUAACGAUGAACGUUUAUUAUAGCAUAAUAUGGGAGCGUUAUAACGAUGAAUGUUUAUUAUAGCAUAAUAUGGGAGUGUUAUAACGAUGAACGUAUAUUAUUAUAGCAUAAUAUGGGAGUGUUAUAACGAUGAACGUUUAUUAUUAUAGCAUAAUAUGGGCGUGUUAUAACGAUGAACGUAUAUUAUUAUAGCAUAAUAUGGGAGUGUUAUAACGAUGAACGUAUAUUAUUAUAGCAUAGUAUGGGAGCGUUAUAACGAUGAACGUUUAUUAUUAUAGCAUAGUAUGGGAGCGUUAUAACGAUGAACGUUUAUUAUAGCAUAUUAUGGGAGCGUUAUAACGAUGAACGUAUAUUAUUAUAGCAUAAUAUGGGAGUGUUAUAAUGAUGAACGUUUAUUAUUAUAGCAUAGUAUGGGAAUGUUAUAACGAUGAACGUUUAUUAUUAUAGAAUAAUAUGGGAGUGUUAUAACGAUGAGCGUAUAUUAUUAUAGCAUAGUAUGGGAGUGUUAUAACGAUGAACGUAUAUUAUUAUAGCAUAGUAUGGGAGUGUUAUAACGAUGAACGUUUAUUAUUAUAGCAUAGUAUGGGAGUGUUAUAACGAUGAACGUUUAUUAUUAUAGCAUAGUAUGGGAGCGUUAUAACAAUGAACGUUUAUUAUAGCAUAUUAUGGGAGCGUUAUAACGAUGAACGUAUAUUAUUAUAGCAUAAUAUGGGAGCGUUAUAAUGAUGAACGUAUAUUAUUAUAGCAUAAUAUGGGAGUGUUAUAACGAUGAGCGUAUAUUAUUAUAGCAUAAUAUGGGAGUGUUAUAACGAUGAGCGUAUAUUAUUAUAGCAUAGUAUGGGAGUGUUAUAACGAUGAAUGUUUAUUAUUAUAGCAUAGUAUGGGAGUGUUAUAACGAUGAACGUUUAUUAUUAUAGCAUAGUAUGGGAGCGUUAUAACGAUGAACGUUUAUUAUAGCAUAAUAUGGAAGUGUUGUAACGAUGAACGUAUAUUAUUAUAGCAUAAUAUGGGAAUGUUAUAACGAUGAACGUUUAUUAUUAUAGCAUAAUAUGGGAGCGUUAUAACGAUGAACGUUUAUUAUUAUAGCAUAAUAUGGGAGCGUUAUAACGAUGAACGUAUAUUAUUAUAGCAUAAUAUGGGAGCGUUAUAACGAUGAACGUUUAUUAUUAUAGCAUAGUAUGGGAGCGUUAGAACGAUGAACGUUUAUUAUUAUAGCAUAGUAUGGGAAUGUUAUAACGAUGAACGUUUAUUAUUAUAGCAUAAUAUGGGAGCGUUAUAACGAUGAACGUUUAUUAUAAUAGUAUAUUAUGGUGUUUCAUAGAGAUGAUAUUUUAUAAUAAUAAUGUAAUAUAGUGAACGUAUUUUAAUAUGGCACGGUGAUGCAGCUAAUUGCCCUUUGGGAAGGUUAAAAUACUGAACAUAUUUGGCAGAUAUCAGAUAAACUCAUGUUGUUGUCAGGUUUGUUUGUUAGACUGUGAAUAAAACUUGGGGCAAAUUUAAGUUAUUAAGUUUUCAGUUUUGCUAUUUUGGCCCAAAAUGUUUAACUUAUUUUGCCUUCACACUGAAUUCCAGAAAGUUGACACUUAUCCCGUGUGCGUUCACAUAUGGCUUACGGGUCACUUCUGUCUUACAGGCGUCCAACUUCUGGACACGAGCAGCCGCUGUAUCCAGAUACAGGACAAAAGCCCACGCUCCAAUUGGGGGGAGGAAACUCAGGAAAACAUGUCUUUUAUUAGCAACAGGUAGGAAAACGCCAGAGGAGAGAUGGCUUGCUGAACCAGAUUAAUAUGUCCUUCAGUAUCAAUGAUCCCAAAUAGCCCAACAUUGUAACACAGAGCUUGUGUACAGCCCAUGGGCUAGUGGUCUGCCCUUUUUAAAGUAGUGAUGGAUCAUUAUUAAAGGGACACUACAGGUACCCAGAGCACUUCAUCUCAUUGACGUGGUCUGGGUGCAGUGUCUCUGUCCCCUUAACCCUGACAUGUAAAACAUGUUUUAGAGAAACUGUAAUGUUUAUAUUGCAGAGUUAAGGCUGCCUCUAGUGCCUAUCUAGCAGAGAGCCACUAGAGGCGCUUCCUGCUGUUUCACAGAGUUUGACUCCAUGAAACGACACUGGGUGUCCUUUCCUAUAAGGAAGGCACGAAGUGUGCACGGCCCUUGCCGCACUUGCACAUUACCUUCCCCCUUGUCAUGAUAUCGGUGGACAGAGUCAGGGCAGAGGGUCCUCAAUGCUGGAUUAAGGUAAGUGGGGAAAAAAGUGUUUAUUUGUUUUUUAACCCUUUCAUCACUGCUGUGUGGUGAUGGGUGGGGGACGCAGAGGGACACUAUAGUGUUCCUUCAAAGAAAAACUCCUUACACCAUAACCACUACAUCCAGCUAUGGUGGUUUUGGUGCCAUGAUUGCACUGGAGCCUUCCCAGAGUAAGUAGUCAAACCAUUUAAGAAGUGUUUGACCAUUUACCUCAGUUUCACUGAGCACCCGUUGCCACCUCCCUGGCGCGAGAACUUCCUGCAAAGAACUGCUGCUACUUCUACUGCACACGUUACAUAGUUACAUAGCAACCGAGGCUGAAAAAAAGACCCAAUUCAAUCAAGUUCAACCUUCAUGAUGUUGGUCUAUAACCAUAGGCACAUACAACAUACACAGGCGUGCGCAGCCUAUUGCAUUAGGGUGUGCUCCCUAAAGCACAAGCACACGCCGCGUAUAUAUAUAUAUAUAUAUAUAUAUAUAUAUACACACACAUACACUGCUGUGUGUGCUGUGUGAGGGUGCUGUUAGGGUGCUGGUAGUGUGCUAUGUGGGUGAGGGUUUUUGUGUGUGUGCGCGCUUGUGAGGGUGCUGUUAAUGUACUGUGUGUGAGGGUGCUGUUUGUGCGUGUGUGCGUGCUUGUGAGGGUGCUGUUAAUGUACUGUGUGUGAGGGUGGUGUUUGUGUGUGAGGGUACUGGUAGUGUGCAGUGUGUAUGUUUGUUAGGGUCCUGUUUGUGAGGGUACUGUUACUGUGCUGUGUGUGUGUGAGGGUGCAGUUUGUGUGCUGUGUGUGAGGGUGCUGUUUGUGAGGGUGCUGUGUGUGUGGGUGCUGUGUGUGUUUGUGAGGGUGCUGUACGUGUGUUGGUGCUGUGUAUGUCUGUGGGUGCUGUAUGUCUGUGGGUGCUGUAUGUGUGUUGGUGUUGUGUAUGUCUGUGGGUGCUGUAUAUGUGUUGGUGCUGUGUAUGUCUGUGGGUGCUGUAUGUGUGUGGGUGCUGUGUAUGUCUGUGGGUGCUGUGUAUGUCUGUGGGUGCUGUAUGUGUGUAGGUGCUGUGUGUGUUGGUGCUGUAUGUGUGUGGGUGCUGUAUGUGUAUUGGUGCUGUGUAUGUCUGUGGGUGCUGUAUGUGUGUUGGUGGUGUGUAUGUCUGUGGGUGCUGUGUAUGUCUGUGGUUGCUGUAUGUGUGUGGGUGCUGUAUAUGUCUGUGGGUGCUGUGUAUGUCUGUGGGUGCUGUAUUUGUGUAGGUGCUGUGUGUGUUGGUGCUGUAUGUGUGUAGGUGCUGUGUAUGUCUGUGGGUGCUGUAUGUGUGUGGGUGCUGUAUGUGUGUAGGUGCUGUAUGUGUGUAGGUGCUGUGUAUGUCUGUUUGUGCUGUAUGUGUGUGGGUGAUUGUGGGGGGUGGAGCCGUGGAGGUGGGGGUACAUUACUUAAUAUCCCCCCUCCCUUCUUACCUUAUGUAGGGAGGGGAGAUCCUUUCUGCCUUCCCUGGUGGUCCAGUGGUGAGUGAACUCUAGUCCACGGCAACGCUCCAACCUCGAGAGAGGAACCCAGCGGAGCUGCUGGCUAGAGCUCCCCGGGUCCUCUCCUGCCUCCCUCCCUGCAUGUGGGUCAGUGGGGAGGGAGGCUGAGAGCAGAGCUGGCGCUCGGAUAGCGCCGGCUCUGCAUGAGCCGACAGGGGAGAUCCUGAGAUUCAAUUUGCCACAAAAAAGGAAAAAAAUCCCUCCUGAUUCCAUAAAAGCAAUCAGAUUUCUCCUUGGAUCAACAACCUGUUCACAUAAGUAUUAAUUUGAUUAUUCAAUAUUCAGGUUUUUAAAAAAAACAGGCAGACAUUUUAAAAAAAUAACACAACCUCUUCAGGCAGGUCUUGCUCAUUCGCUGAGAGCAUAAACUUGACUACUUAGCCAGGGCACUCGUGGUACAAUAACCACUACAGCUGACUGUAGUGGUUAUGGUGGCUGGAUUAUUGCUUUAGGUUAGUCUCGUGGUGCCGUUUCCCGAGGGCCCCUUUUUGGAACGCAGUGAUACAGGGCAGGAAGCCAAGUUUGAUUUCUAUGUAAUAAAUCACAGAACGGAUGCCUUGACCCUGCAUUCUGUAGCUCAGGCAAGAAAUGUGGAAUAUUAACAACAAAACUUCAAAUUUUAAGAAACAAAAUCUCCAACUCCAAUGCAUUUUUCCGGCUCAGGUAUUUAGAUUUGAAAUGAGGGAAUAUAUUGUCUGUUCUCCACAAUUCCCAGUUUACUAUCGUAGAGACAGAGAAUUUUUCCUGCUCAGCUACUUUGGUCUAAAUGUUAAAAAUUCUUUAGAAUUCUGAGUUUGGUAAAUAACUGACAGUUUAUACAGCAGAAGUAAAGGAGAGCUUUAUGUUUUAUUGUUACAUUUCAGUUACUUUAUCCGAUCAUUAUAUCGAUAUUUCAAUGACAGUUUUUGCCACGAGAACCAUAAAUGUUCCCAAUAAGUAUAACAUCGCUAUCCAGCCGUCAUUAUUUCCUGGAAAUCUCUGUGAUUUAUUAUGACCGGUCGGUUAGUUCCUGCGCAGUACUUUGAGUGCCAGAGGUUUUGAUUGCCACGUGGCUUUGGAACCCAGAGGGUGAAUGUCUAUUCAGAUAAUGCAGUAGGGGAACACUUUGCUGUUACUUCUGCUUAUUAAAGCUUUGCUUUACACAGCACCCAAGAAAAGAAAUGGAGGUUUUAUCCGUCAGACCGGCAAUAACGAGCGCCUUGUGCAGAGUUCUUUUCGCUAUUGGUUGUUCCUGUACAGAAAUCACGCUGUGAGAGAAGAGAUCGGCUGUCCUGGUGAUUGUGAAGCUGAGGGUUUGUCAGGAUCAUCAACAAACGUGUUGUCUCCCAGCGAAGAGCUGCUACGGUAAUGGGCAUCUCUAGAAUUGCGCGGUCAACCUGCAACUAACCGCCGCUGUUUAGUUACGAGUUCUGUGCUUUUCGGGGUUUGUCUUUAGUUUUUGAUGUGUGAAGCCGAGUCCCACAACCCAUCGUUACUGAUCUGACACAAAGGAUUCGCCAGAAACAUGUCACUGUUAAAAUGUCACGUUAAGAAUGGCAAGGGCAGUAAUAGCACAUUUUUGCACCUCAAAUGUUAUGGACUACAUCUACCAUAAUUCUCUCACAGCCAUAAUGCUGACAUAACAUCAGGGUAGAUGUAGUCCGCAACAUCUGGAGUACCGAAUGUUGCCUACCCCUGCUCUAAUGGCAGACAUGUAGCCAUAUUAAAAUAAUUCCAUCAGGCACUACAGAGAUGUACUUUGUGGACACUGGGGGUAAUAUGGACUGUAACUCACGCCAGUCAUGUUUCAUUUGGCUGAGAAUGAUAGUAAUUAGAGUCCACAGCACCUAGAAUCUAAACACACCCUGAACUAAUACUGAUCGUCUUCUAGCACCUAACUGUAUUCCUAUGCGUGAUCUUAAAAUCUGCACCCAUGAAUAGCACUGUAAUGCCGACUUAUAAAUGCUGUGCCAUCAUAGCGUUGCUCCAACAAUGCCUGACAUUUUGAAUGUGCUAGACAAACUAGGUAUAUUAUUUAUUUCAGAAGAAAUCCACUACAUGAAGCUAAUCUUUUAAAGCUGCUAGAUGGGUUUCAGCGCAGCCAGGAGAGAGUGCGGCUUGGAAUUGCGUGGUUGUACUGGAGAGGAAUAUACAAUACAGUGAUAAUGGGAAAAGGAAUGGUAAGAAACAGGGACAUACUCAUUUCUUAUAGACUCUUCUUUAAAUAUAGCAAUGUAAUGGGUGUCUCUAUGCUACAUAACCACUUCUGCUUGCUGCAGUGGUUAUGGUGCCUAUAGUGUUCUGGGCUGUCCCCGUUGGCCAUAAAUCAGAGCUCUUCCACUCUUCCUGGCUCUCAGAGACUUCCCUUUCCUUGACAGAAUUGAUAAUGUGUUAAAUAUACUUCUGCAUUAUAUAUUGGUUAUUCCAAGCACCAUAACCACCUCAGUAAUUUAUAGUGGUCAUGAUGCCUGGAGUCUGUAUGCACAUAUAGGGUUUAACUCCCCUUCUGCCAGGAGUGUAUAUCUUCCUCCGGUAUUUUCAUGUUGGCAUCAUUAGCCAGACCGGAACAAGAGUUCUGGAUUUGCUAAUGUCAAUUCUGUGCAUAUGUGGCAUCUGUCAUCAAAGUGCACAGCCCGACCAUGGAAGCACAGCAAGCUGCUGACAGCCAGCCAAUGGAAGCACAGCCCGCUGCUCUGUACCGCUGAUGUCCUCCCCUCAGUCCAUCCUCCUGACAUCCAUCGCCCUCAACUGAGUACUAAUUAUGUUAGCAGAUGGGGCAUUGACUGCUGAGAAAAGUUGGCCUCAACACUGGAACAAAACAGAGUUUUAGCGAUUGGGGGAGUGUGUACCCGAAUAGGAAGGUUACUCUGACUCUGAUUCUUCAAACAGUGCAUUUUGGUUGAUUCUUUAAUAUCAGUUUUGCCCAAUUUGAAUGAAGCAGUGCUGAUUGGUUGAACUUAGCCCAGUGGUCCCAGCCAAUCACCUCCAACCAGGGUGCAUGAAAAUGAUGAAAUGGACAUCGAUAAUGCCAAACUCUGUUCACGCAGUAGGCUUUAGUCGUUCCAUUACCUAGUGUCUCACUUCUCCUAAAGAUUUCUUUGCAUUGAAACUGUUAAUAAGUAACUUUUAUAGCAUCUGCCGGAAGAGAACUAAAAGCUUCUCCCACGCUGAGAUGUUAAUAUAGAAUGUGAUAAUGUAAAGCGACGUACUCUGUAUUGACUUAUGUUAUGAAAUGUUAACUCACCCUCUGGGCUGUAUUGAUCGUAGCAAAGGUCAGUUUUAUAUACGUUGUACUGAGAAAUAUGCCAUCUCAUCACUAAAGAUAACACUGGGGCGUUAUCAACUAAAUUGUGUCGUACCGUUGUAUUGAAAACUAACUUGCAGUACCAACAAUAAAUCUAUCAGAUUCACACAAAGGAUUGAAGAGUUGUGCACAGCCACCUAGAACAUAUAUGUUGAGAUAAGUACAAUAAUCCUUUUCUCAGUGUCCUAUGAUCCUUCAGGGAAUAUUUAGGCCAAAACAAUUGAAAUUAAAAGGAAAGAAAUUAAAAAAAUUGUCCUAAAUGUUCUAAGUUAGAUAAGAACCCUCCAUUGUCCGUGAUUCUGUGGAUCGAGUUUAUUUUAGUAUUACCUUCAUUCACUGUGUGCAGGGCCAGACAUGUUUAAUGGAGAGAAGUUGGAAUAUCUGGAGAAGGCGAUUUCUGCAGAGCGUCACUGCGCAAACGUUUCUCUUGGCGGAGAAGAAAUUUCUACGCCAACAGGUAAAGUGAUUGUAUUAAUUUAUUUAACACUUAUUACAGCCAAGGGCAACAUUUACACUGGCCACUUGUGAGUCCAAAUUCUCAUUUGGUGGUAGGGUAUGGCUUGCAAUGGCAAAAACCUGGCUAGUAUCAUAAAUCUUUAAAUUCCAAGCCCUGAAUUUACAGCAACAUUGCCAUGAUUUUAGCCUUUGCUCGCCCAUGGGGGCCCACAUUUUGCAUUUCAUGAAUAAAUCUUGGUCACAGAUUGGAACGGGUAUACCCAAUAUAUUUUUAUAUUAAAAUACAUACUUGAAUGAGCCGCCAUUUCAGGGUAAUUAAGUGAGAACUGCCGAGAAUUCACAGUGCAUUUUAAAUUUAGACCAAAACACACGAAAAGGAUGCACAUCUGACCGGGAGAAUUUUUCACAUUCAGCUAUUUUGGCUUUGAAUGUAAAAAUUCACUUUGAAUUCCUGACUUUAGUGAAUGAAGCGGUUUAUAUAUAAUAAAUAAGCAGAGGCAUAUAGACGAUAUGUUAGGGGUAGGGAUGGCAGGAGACCACCAGCAGAGUGAAGAUUGUGACUACUCGAAUAUAUGGUGUAACGCUUAUUGUAUUAUAGUUCUGACAGUAAUAAGACAUUUAUUCUAGAAUUACAGUGAGUGAAGCAUGGAGGGAUGAUUGUUUGGGAUAUUUGAUUUAGUAGUCCCCCCUCCAAACAAAAAGUAGAAAGCUCUCUACAGAGUCCGUUAAUCAGAGAAAAAAAUAAAACUUUAUAAAUAUAUAUAUAUUUGUUUCAGGUUUUCACAAAAUGGAAAAAUCAGACAAGGCAGAGACGGACAUGGAAUGAACCGAAGGGAAGCAGCAGGAUUCUAGGAAAACUCUGAACUAUGAUACGAUGCAAACAGCCCUAGUGAGCCACAAAGUGGCUAGCAAAGCAUUGUGGGGAAACGCUUGGCAUGCUUCACGUUGCUGACAUUUCUUCCCAGUGUAACCCUUUCAGGACCAAUCACAUGUCAGGACUGGUGAGGUAACAGGGUUUGUCUAACAUUGGUCUUUAAGAGGUUAAUCCAUUUUCACACAUUCUUCCUUUACAGGGUGCAAGAAUUAGAAUAUUCUAAUGAAUGGGGUCCAACUCAUUAUUUGAAGAUUUGUUACCAUUAAAAAAAUAACUAAAAUUAUUAAAAUUUAAAGCACAUCCUACAAUAAAAAAAUUUAAAAAUUCUUCUAACCAGUUUUGUAAGAGUAUAAUCCGAUUUGAAAAUAAAUAACUUUUUAUCAAAUCUUUACACCUAUGCAUAUGUCUAAAUCACCCUUUCACCCAGAAGGAAGAAACCAGUGAAACCAGUGUGGGCUGAGUUACUUUAAACGCUAAAAUAUCCUUUGGAGUUUGUUCACUAAAUUAUGAAUUUAAAAUUUUAGACAAAAAAAAAAAAACCAAAAAAACCCCCUGAAUUUUAAAAAGAAGCAAAAAACAAACAAGCUCCCAACAUAGCCGUUUUUCCAUUGCAACUAAUUCAGUGUAAACAGUAACAAUGUUUAAAUUAUGUGCGUCUGGCCCUUUAAAAUGAUCUCACGUUACUUGACCAUCAUGUGACCAUGCAGAGCAAUCACUGAACCUAAAGACGACAUUCCUGUUACAGCUGUUUGUAUCAUUAGAAACAUAGAAUGUGACGGCAGAUAAGAACCAUUCGGCCCAUCUAGUCUGCCCAAUUUUCUAAAUACUUUCAUUAGUCCCUGACCUUAUCUUAUAGUUAGGAUAGCCUUAUGCCUAUCCCACGCAUGCUUAAACUCCUUUACUGUGUUAACCUCUACCACUUCAGCUGGAAGGCUAUUCCAUGCAUCCACUACCCUCUCAGUAAAGUAAUACUUCCUGAUAUUAUUUUUAAACCUUUGUCCCUCUAAUUUAAGACUAAGUCCUCUUGUUGUGGUAGUUUUUCUUCUUUUAAAUAUAGUCUCCACCUUUACUGUGUUGAUUCCCUUUAUAUAUUUAAAUGUUUCUAUCAUAUCCCCCCUGUCUUGUCUUUCCUCCAAGCUAUACAUGUUACGAUCCUUUAACCUUUCCUGGCAAGUUUUAUCCUGCAAUCCAUGAACCAGUUUAGUAGCCCUUCUCUGAACCCUCUCUAAGGUAUCAAUAUCCUUCUGGAGAUACGGUUUCCAUUACUGUGUACAAUACUCCAAGUGGGGUCUCACCAGUGUUCUGUACAAGGGCAUGAGCCCUUCCCUCUUUCUACUACUAAUACCUCUCCCUAUACAACCAAGCAUUCUGCUAGAAUUUCCUGCUGCUCUAAUGUCUGCCUACCUUUAAGUCAUCAGAAAUAAUCACCCCUAAAUCCCUUUCCUCAGAAAUUGAGGUUAGAACUCUAUCAAAUAUUCUGUACUUUGCCGUUUGGUUUUUACAUCCAAGAUGCAUUAUCUUGCACUUAUCCACAUUAAACGUCAGUUGCCACAAUUCUGACCAUUUUUCUAGUUUACCUAAAUCAUUUGCCAUUUGGCUUAUUCCUCCUGGAACAUCAACCCUGUUACAUAUCUUAGUAUCAUCAGCAAAAAGACAUACCUUACCAUCAAGACCUUCUGCAAUAUCACUAAUAAAAAUAUUAAAGAGAAUGGGUCCAAGUACAGAUCCCUGAGGUACCCCAUUGGUGACAAGUCCAAGCUUCGAAUAUACUUCAUUGACUACAACCCUCUGUUGCCGGUCACUCAGCCACUGCCUUACCCAUUCAACAAUAUUGGAAUCCAAACUUAAAUAUUGCAGUUUAUUGAUAAGCCUUCUAUGUGCAACAGUGUCAAAAGCCUUACUGAAAUUUAGGUAAGCAAUGUCUACUGCACCACCCUGAUCUAUUAUUUUAGUUACCCAAUCAAAAAAAAAAAAUCAAUAAGAUUAGUUUGGCAUGAUCUCCCUGAAGUAAACCCAUGUUGUCUCUGAACUUGAAAUCCAUGUGUUUUUAGAUGUUCAUCAAUCCUAUCCUUUAACAUGGUUUCCAUCACUUUCCCCACUACUGAAGUAAGAUUUACUGGCCUAUAGUUGCCCGACUCCUCCCUAUUACCUUUCUUGUAAAUGGGCACAACAUUCGCUAACUUCCAAUCUUCUGGGACUACUCCUGUUAACAAUGAUUGGUUAAAUAAAUCUGUUAAUGGUUUUGCUAGUACACCACUAAGCUCUUUUAAUAGCUUUGGGUGUAUUCUAUCAGGUCCCAUUGACUUAUUUGUCGUUACUUUUGACAGUUAAAAUAGAACCUCUUCCUCUGUAAACUCACGUGUAAUAAAUGACUCAUUUAUCCUUUUUCUUAACUGAGGUCCCUUUCCUUAAUUUUCAUCUGUAAAUACAGAACAAAAAUAUUCAUUGAAGCAGUCAGCUAGACCUUUAUCCUCUUCUACAUACCUUCCUUCUUUUGUUUUAAGUCUAACUAUUCCUUGUGUUACUUUCCUUACUCAUUUAUGUAUUUAAAAAAAAAAAAUAAUAAAAAAAAAAAUAAUCACACCUACAUAAGUAACUACGCGAUUACCAAAUUCUAAUGUAAGAGACAAACAGACUAUGUUCGCCUCACUAACUUUUAUUAGGUUAGAUUUUAUGCUAUCCUUCACAUACAGGGCCACCCUCCCCCCUUUCUUGCCUUCCCUAUCUUUUCUAUAUAAAGAGUACCCUGGUAUUGCUAUGUCCCAGACAUUUUUCUCAUUACACCAUGUCUCAGUAACAGCGACUAAAUCUACACUAUCAGUUGCCAUUAUUGCCACAAGUUCAUGGAUCUUAUUCCCUAAACUGAUAGCAUUUGUAGACAUGACUCUAAGCUUAUUUUUUAACACACUUGCUACAGGCACCUUCUGUCCUUGUUUUGGGGGACAAUUGGAUUGAUGUUUUAUCACCCUUUUGCCCCCCCUCCUAGUUUAAAUACAUCCUAGCAAAACCUCUGAACUGCUCACUGAGAACAUUUGUUCCUUUUUGAGAAAGAUGCAAACCAUCUUUUUUGUACAGCUUAUCUCCAUUCCAAACAGAGCUACCAUGAGAAAUAAAGCCAAAUCCUUGCUCCCGACACCAUUCACCAAGCCACAAGUUAAAGUCCCUAAUACGCAUCCACCUGUCGUUCUGAGUGUUAUGCACAGGAAGAACUUCAGAGAAUGACAGUGUGGAAGCAACCUGCCGUAUAUCAUUGGUAAAAACACUAAAAACUUCCUUAACCUCUGAAACCUCAUUGCAAAGCAAGUCAUUUGUCCCUAGAUGGACAAGUACAUCCAAUUCCCCUUCCUGCUUUGCUUGCUUAACAAUAUUACAGAUAUAUCUUCUAUCUCCGUGAGCACAUCUUCCAAAGCCACUAUUAUACAACUCCACACCUCUUAUGAUAGAUUCCCCCCAACAACAACUGCUUUCUAUCAGGCCUCACCUUGUCCCUUUUGUCAUUGGCUGCAGUCUUGCACAUCCUAGGCAUAGAGGAUGGUGGUUCCACAAACUGAACCUUUCUACAUAACACCACUACACUCUUAAAGUGCUGAAAAUGAAUUAUGUAGAGACACAGACUGUGGAAUAGGUCUUUAUCCACAACUCCAAGUCUACCAGAUUCUACAGUUAUCCAUCUGCCAUUCCUAGGAAGCCCCUGCGGCAGUGCUUGCAUUACAGCCUGGGAACGCCUUCAGUGGUCAUUCCUCUGACAGCUUCCUGGGUCAGUGCCUAUGUUCUGCAUGGAAACGCUGAACGCUCUGAGGAGAUGCUGAUUGGCUAGGGCAGCGUUUUUCCCCUCGCACCCACCCCCGUUGGCUGAGAUCAUCAGAAUUGAGAAUCUCGGCCAACCCAACACUUUCCUAUGAGAAAGCAUUGUGAUUGGCUUAGAUUAUCAAUUCUCAAUCAAUUCUGAUGUCAGCCAAGUAGGUGGAUCAAGGAUGUGGCCAACACCAGAUGAUACCGUGUGGUGCUGGAAAAAAAAUUGAGUAUUGUACUUCUUUAACUGGGACAAGGGAGGCCAGGGACCCUACGUGUGUUUUUAACACUAUAGGCUCAGGAAAACACUCCGGUAUGUAUUCCUAAACCUAUAGUGUUCCUUUAAUCUUGCGGCUUUGCAAUUUUUGCAUAUCAAAGUACAAUGUAAGCGAUUUAUAAACCUGAUUCGUCUCAUCUCUACAAAAAGGCAUUAGUCAUUGUGAUAUAAUGACUAGAAUUGUGCAAAAAAUCGAGUUGUUCAGGUGUGGAUUAAAAUAAUUUUAAUUCGGGCAAAGUGGCCAAAACCAAUUUUUUCACAAGUUACUUUAAAGAUAAAAUAAUUUUUCCGUGAGGUCAUUCCAUUAUUAUUCCCACCUGUUCAUCCUCCCAACAAUAACAAAGUUCACUUAGAAAAAAUUAAAAAUGAUUUAUAGGGGCGUGGCACUCAACCCGAGCUCCUAAACCCCAACCUGUGAAGCCCUGUUAAAGCGUCCAAGACCUACAAAAAUGCCAAGAAAUGGGGAAGAACAAAUGCCUAACCAGCACGGGACAGACCAGUGCGACCCCGUCGAGAUCACAGCCCGGCCCGAUGGAUGAGUUCCUAUCCGUGCCGCAUGUCCCCGUGACUCCGGAGACACUGGCGCGUCGGCUCCCGCAUCGCGGAAUCGACCCGAGGCAUAGCUACAACCGGUACCCUCACCCAAAUAUCCGCAGAUAUCACCGCGAUAUCCGCAAGCAUGUUGACCCGCAGAGACAAGAAUGAAAUUGUGGUAGAACAUUAUCCGGGAGGAGAUCACGGCGGUGCGCAACGACCUCACAGCCCUGGAGCAGCGGGUGGAUGACCUGGAGGCGGAACGCCUGCAAGACACGCAACACCAGCAAGCCACGGACCUGGCGACCACGAGGCAAGGUAAUAUACUCCUGGACCUCCGCCACCAGAUUGAAGAUCUUGACAAUCGUGGCCGGCGCAAUAACAUCAGAAUACAGGGACUACCGGAGGCCAAGGGGGAGGUGCCGCAGGAGAUCCUCGCAGGUCUGUUUACUGAACUGCUGGGAGACGCAGCUCCUAGCGACUUUGGCAUAGAAAGGGCUCACAGGGCACUACGAGCACCCAGACGAGAUGGUCUACGAAGAGAUAGAAUAUGUGCCCUGGUGUCGUUCCAACUAAAAGAGUCUUUAAUGCUGGCAACUAGAACCCAACAGCACAUAACCUACAUGGACGCACAAGUCUCCCUCUUUCAAGAUCUAUCCACGAUCACCCUGGACGCCCGCCGGGCCCUAAGGCCUCUUACCUGCCUGUUGCAAGAGCGGAGCAUCCCAUACAAGUGGGGCUUUCCAUUUAGCCUCCAGGCCCGUGUGGGCAACAUGUGGCAUAUCAUCCGCUGGCCAAGCGAUGUACCCAGAUUUCUCCGAUCCGCCAACCUACCUACUAUCCCGGUGCCGAACUGGAUCCUAGAGGGCUCUCCGGCGCGAGCAACAGGCCCAACAGAGGUGGCACACAACCUACAACCGGAACCCAGACCACAACAACGCCGAGGAGGCCCAGAAGAGUAACCACAGACACGCAGCACCGGUACACGACCCAAUAAGAUACACCAGGCCAAUCCGGCGCAGCACUCAACGGAAUCCCAGCUCUACCGGCAAAGAACACACUAUGAUCCGGACACACCGGCCCGACGACACCGAACUGGGUAUGUACUUUCCUUGACUACAACCUGAUAGCAAUAGCGGGGUGUUAAGGGUGGAUACCAGGUAGGUGGGGAGGGAGCGGAUAACCUGAACGGGGGGUGGUAAGAGGAAGUGCCCCAUCUGGAAGGCCGAACUGCCAAUGGAUAUGCACAGGAGGAACCCCUCAAGUUGGGUGGGAGAAGCCAACCAGAAGGAGGGCGGGAAUGCGCAACUACAAGGGCCUGCACAGGCAGAGGACAACCAUGCAGCAGUGAGCCACCAAGACUUAAAAAAUACCAGGAGAUGGAGGGUUGGUCGCAGGGCAGUGGAGGAUCACUGUGAAACGGGUAAAUCAAAAUAAAGGAAUAGUCCAACAAUUACCCAAUUUUAAGAACUAGCAUCGGGGUAGAUCGGUAGCUAAAACCGGGAAGGACCUGUCUAGUGGGCAGUUUAUUGUACAGUUUAAUUUUCAAAGGUUAAUUCACAUGAGGGCCCCCUAGACCAGGAAGCACCCACGCACAGACCGCACUUCCUAGCAAGGCAAUAGCAAUGCAAGACUCCUGAAACCAUAGGCUUAAAAUGAAGCACACAUAUAGAACCGGAGUGCACAGAGUAGGAGCGAAGGGGUGGAGCCAGGUAUAGACAGGGAGGAAGAAGCGUGAACUGCCAGAGCACCAGGGGAGCUAACUUGAACAGACAGACACAAUACACGACAAGGGCCACAGUCAGGGCAAAGGGCAGCCUAAUAACAGACACCUAAGACAGGAAGAACAAACACAAGGGAGGAGCAGGUACACUACAGCGAGAAACCAGGCCUGGGGGCUAACAAAGAGAUGACAAGAGCCACCACCCUGACGUAACCUCACGGGCAGACACACACCGCUUCGUCUGGAAAGCAACACAGGACACUGCACAACAGAGAUAGAGUAUACCCAGGAGACGGAAACAUGCCACGGACUAGCGAAUUCAAGAGGCGUCGACCCAAUCCCCACUAAAACACACAGCAUGCUUUAAGGGGAAGGGUCGCAACAGGACACCCGAAUGACACACACUAGGAGAUAGGCUGCUCCAAAUCUCUGGUUAACCCAGGGAGGCCCUGACUCAGACACUAGGAGGUAUGACCGGGGACGGGAGAGCUGCAGGAGAUACUAAAGAUAGAAGGAACCAGACAGGACCACACAAACGUUCCUAGGGCAACGCACUAACAAACAGGACACAAAAUUUCUACUAUUAUUAUUUCCUUGUGUGGCAGCCUAGCGCUGAUUUUUCUCUUUCCAGGACACAAAAUACUGACUAGAACCAAGGCGGCAUAGGCAAUUGGUGCCCCCCCAAACUUAAAAUACACCGUCUGGACAACUACACUCACACCAUGCAGGGCGGGUGCUGACGGAAAGGAGAAAGUACAGAUCACCACAUAACUAGACAACACCACUACCGUGAGUGGCUCCACAGAACCCCACUGAGACAGACCCAAACUGUAAAUAAAACCAGGGUUCCUUGCGUCGGAAUUGUAACCCCGACGCAGGAACAAUACCCGGUACAGGGUCGACGUCACAUCCUAAGAGUCAGGCAGACCCUUCACCACAACACAACUCUCUGACUUCCCUACACCUACUGACGCCCCCACAACCCAAACCGUGCCGCUGCGGGGGCGCCGCCUCGACGGCGCCCAAGCGGGGAUUUGUCCCAGCCCAGCUGACAUAUUGGUCCAACAAUGUUCAGGGACUCAACACACCUGAAAAGCGAUCGCACCUGCUAAGGCGGCUGUGGGCCGCAAAAGCAUACGUGGCAUUCCUGCAGGAGACGCACCUCAGAGGUGGAGACGCACCCAAAUUAGAGAACCGACGAUUCCCACAAGGAUUCUACGCGAAUCACCCAGAAGCCAAAAAAGCGGCAAUACUCUUUGCCCAAGCAACACCUUUCCACCACACAGCAUUUCAGGAGGACCCCAACGGUAGAUAUCUCUUCCUAAAAGGCACCAUAGCGCACCACACCUACACUUUCGCAUGCCUAUAUGGCCCAAACAGAAAACAACACCUUUUUAUCCCGGACGCUGGCCAAGUUAGAGAAAUUUAG